AUGGAUAUCACAAGAUUAUUAGGCGGUGAAGAAGACCAGGAUUCCUUUGUCGCUAAAGAUGUCUCCAUGGGAGAUUAUUCCCGUCAGUAUGUCCCCAAUGUUAGGAAUCCUGACGAGCUGUACUAUUUAUUAGUACCGACUUCGAUUGAGCAAAGGGAGCUGGUCGAACAGGUAAUAAGGCUACACAGAUCUCAUUUGGAAAGCUUGAUUCUAGGAGUAAAACAAGAACCUAAUAGCGGUGCGGAAGGUGACUUGACAAUGGAAAACCUGUCCAGCGCUGAGUUAUUAGAGCUGCUGGAGGACAAUCUUCAACUUGUAAACAACCACCCCAAUUUACUGGUUCAGCACUAUAUUCCAAAAAGUCUAAUAUUGAUGGAACCUCAUGAGAGACUAGUUGCAACGUCAGGAAAAUUUCAGGCCCUGGAUCAAAUAAUCUUUCUUUUGCAGGACCAAGAGAAACAUAUUGUUAUUGUCUCCAGAGAAUCCAAGGAAUUGGAUCUAGUAGAGGGCACAAUGCUUGGUAAACAGAUCAAUUACCACCGAUAUUCAGGAGGAUCGCUUUAUGACCAAUUUGUAAAGUCUCACGAAAAUGUGAACCGACCUCAACAUAGACAUCAUUACCAUCAAACCAUUCAGUUCAGUAAUAAUAGGUCUGACGAUAGCAGCACUCCUACGUAUUCUGCGUCGAAUAAUAAGAAAAAAAACAACAAGAAAAAGGGCCUCAAAGACGAUUACGAGCCUCGUAUUUCGAAAAAUAAUCCUCUGCUUGCACAAUUGAAUAAGGACUACCCGGUGAACUUUCAUUUAAUAACUUCCAAUCAACUGAAAAAUUUUAGGUUCCCAGAAAAUGCUAAUCUGGAUAUGAUCAUCUCGUUAGAUCCGUAUUUGGAUAUAAAGUCUGACUACAUCAUGGAGGUCAGGACGAUUAAUACUCUACCCAGUGAUACAGUCAACAAUCUGAUCCCAGUAUUCAAAUUAGUGACUGUUAACUCUGUGGAGCAUGCGAUUUUAGCCAGCAAUGUUCAUAAUUCUAAACAGGCCGUUCUCGACAUGUUAUUCUGUCGAAAUGACGAAUUUGACGCCGAUGAGAUGUUCAACGAUUUAAAGAAGCUACAACCGUGGUUUCAUUCUCCCUUACAGACUCAGUUCCCUUUGCCAUUGAAGAUCCCCAAACUGAGAUCGGCAUCCUCGAGUGAACAAUUACUCAAGAGCUUAGAACCUGUGGAGCAUCUUCAAGUGUAUGGAUCGAAAUCAGCUGGGGAUGCAAAUAGUAUACCGUCGAUUCCCAAACAUCUUACUUAUCAAAACUAUGCAGAAACAUUGGCUGCCCUAGUGCGGUUUACCAAUGACCGAGCGUUGAAUUUGAUUGAAGAAGCUCAAAAGAAAAUAGAUGAGAUCAACUUGAAAGAGACAGUGCGACAAGCUGAGAUUGAACAAAGUAACAUAGAUAUUGGGGAACGUUACAAGUUGCUCAAGGACUUGGAGAAUAAAGCUGAAGCUGCUGAAAGGCGAGCAAUUAGAACGGAGCAAGAAGCCAAACAAUGGCAAGAAUCUACCGAAGAACUACAGGAACAAUUAGAUACGAUGAAGAGAGUCAUCGCAGGAGAGAGCGUAGAACAGAAGGAUAUCGGCAAGGUCAAACAGGAGCUGAAAGAUUUGGAAGAGGAACUAAAACAGUUGGAAAAGUCCAAUGAAGAGUUGAGGCUUCAAUACCAGGAGAAAUCGACCAUUGCCUCAGAACAAAGCUUCCAAGUAGCAGCGUUAGAGAAAAGUCAAAAAGAGUUAAAGGAAAAACACGACAGACCGAUUUUAGAGCUGGUUGACGCAGCUAGAGAAGCAGAAAAGAGAAAGCUACAGGAACAAGUUGACCGAUUGACACGAGAAACUGAGUUUAACACGGCAUACAUUGAGAAGCUAGAGAGCAUACUUCGUCAAAAAGAUAGCACUUUACCGAAUUAUGUGAGCCGAAGCACCCGAAUGAGCCGGUCUGCUACGCCAAACUUGAAAACUCUAUAA